CAACUAUUAAUUAGGGAAGAUGGCGUUAAGAACGCAGUUUCAGAACAGUAAUGAGAUCGGUGUAUUCGUGAAGCUGACCAACAGCUACUGCCUCGUUCCUGUUGCUGAAUGUGAAGCUUUCUACAGUGUGUUCGAGGGAGAACUAUCAGAUUUCAUCAAGGUGAUCCACACUACGAUAGGCGGGUGCCGGGUAAUAGGUACCCUGUGUGUGGGAAACAAGAACGGUCUCCUUGUCCCCAAUUCUACAACAGAUAAGGAACUCCAACAUCUCCGGAACAGUUUACCUGACUCUGUUAAAAUAGCACGUGUUGAAGAACGGUUAUCAGCGCUAGGUAACGUUAUUUCUUGUAACGACUACGUUGCUUUGGUACACCCUGAUCUGGAUAGAGAGACGGAGGAGGUUCUUGCAGAUACUCUUCAAGUGGAAGUAUUCAGACAGACAUUAGCUGAACAAGUGUUAGUUGGUUCUUAUUCUUGUCUCACUAACCAGGGAGGCAUGGUUCAUCCUAAGACUCCGAUUGAAGAUCAAGAUGAACUCUCAUCACUAUUACAAUUACCCCUUGUGGCAGGUACAGUGAACAGAGGCUCAGGGGCCGUGGGGGCCGGAAUGGUCGUCAAUGAUUGGAUAUCAUUUUGUGGUCGGGACACUACAGCCACAGAGAUCAGUCUUAUUGAAAGCAUAUUUAAACUUUCAGAUAAGGGACACAAUAAUAUCAAUCAAAUGAGGAGUGUUUUAGUUGAAAGUAUGACCUCGUAGCCGCCAUGAUCAUUUUAAAUUAUUUAUCACGGGUUCUGUUUUUAUACUUUUAACGACAAAGAAUCUAUUUUUAAGAUGUGAUAUGUUUUUAGAAGUUCGGAAAUGUUUCAGGGAUGCUUAAUUUAUUUAUUAUUAUAUUAUAAAAUAGGAGAAAAUGCUGUUAUGACUGUAGAUGUAGAUGGCCACAUCGUACACUGUUGGCUGCUCUCGAGCAUUGCGCGGCACGCAAACCACGAUCUGUCAGCAUUCUAAUAUGCUCAAUGCCUUACAAAAGAAGCCGUCUUCAGCAUUUCAAGAGCUUUUCGCGCGCGCACUGUUUUCUUGUAGAUAUCCUGGAUGAUGGUACUUUUCUGGAAUCAAGGGUGAUGUUUGUUACCUUGACCGUCAAGUACAUAAUCAGAAUUAUAUGAUAACUCAGUCGUGCUUCUGUAUCUGAUAAGAUAGGCAGCUGUGAAGCUUGUGAUCUUUUAAUAGUGCCGACACUUGCUACACUUUCAUUGGAGAACCACUUAAACAAGAUAAAUAGGAGAUUUUUGUCUCAAGGUUGCUCCAUACGCUGGUCUAUACCCUGUUCCAUAGGCCACUGUAGUGCGAGCACAGCCUGUAACCUCUAACUGUUGCUACACUGUAACCUCUAACUGUUGCUACACUGUAACCUCUAACUGUUGCUAUACUGUAUUUGCGUAGGAGUGGAUAGAAAUUAUAGCUGGGCACAUUUCACCUAAUAUAGUCUUAUUUGAAACUGUUUCUUUUGUCCCAGAGGUAUGCAAUCAUAAAAGGGUUACAUUGAGGUGCAAUGACUGUUGGAGUUCCGAAUGCUCUGUAAAAAAGCGUUUAUUAUCUGGUCCUACUGUCGGCAGGCUUGAAGAAAGUGUCUGUAAUUCGGGUCUACUAAGCUAGGUCUGAGAUUUAUCUAUUAGUCAUCGACAGGGGUUGUUCGUACUGCAGAACAGUUCGAAUUAAUGGUUCAGAGAUGACCUUCAUACACCCAUCGCUUUAUACCUCAAAAUAAAACAUUAAUCGCCAAAGCAAUUAAAAUGCUUAUCGUAGCCCUGUCUUUUAGAUGUUCAUCAUCAUCGCCACAUAAAUAGCUGAGAUGGUAUUCAGCUCAAUAGAUUUAGUUUCUGCGGGGGAACUUACAGGUUCGUUUGGAUGUAGUCUAAGCUAUUAUUACUGGGCGGCGCUCAGCCUGUCAUUCCGCCGAAUCUCUGUUAUGUUCAUGAACAUAAUAGCUAUAGCCUGGGGUCCCCAGUUAAGCUAUUAUAGCCAUCAUUCUCCUUCGACACUAAAUGUUUAUACCGAUAUGCACACAGCUCGGUAAUACAGUGUGUCCGAACUAUAUUGGUUGAGAACAUGACAUUGAGAAUGCAACUGUUUGCGCAAGAAGUUAUGUCUCAAAAUCUUAUAUUAUUGAAGAAAUAUCCAGAUUUAGGUCACUGUAGUGUUCACUCUAUUCCUGUGUCUCCAUGCUAACUCGUCUGCAAGAUGAUGGCAAUCUCCUUUUUAUAAUCUUAACUAUUGUGCAUUGAUAAGUUAUUUAUGCCAAUUUGUUUUACUGAAA